AACGUAUUUACUAUAAUAAAAUUCAACUAUACUUUUACGUACGUACUAGCGGGCGUUAAAAGGUCUUUUAAUAAUACCUCUUUAUCUACUUAUACGUUUAAGAGAUCUUUCUGUAUACUAGAGUCACGAUAUUACGUAAUAGAUACAGGGUUUGGAACGCAACUGGGUAUUAUAAUUCCCUUCUCGAAUAUUAAAUACUAUUUAUAA